CAACUCUUCUACAAGCUUCAGAAUCUUUCAUCUCUCUCAAAUUUCUCGAAACAUAUCAUUUUUUUUCAGUCAAAGUCAAACAUGGCUAGUAACUCUCAUAAGCUCCAUGUUAUGUUCUUCCCUAUCAUGGCUCAUGGUCACAUGAUACCAACUCUAGACAUGGCUAAGCUAUUCUCCAGCAGAGGAGCCAAGUCCACUAUUCUAACCACACCUCUCAACGCUAAGAUCCUCCAGAAACCCAUCGACAUAUUCAAGAACCUCAAUCCGAGUCUCCAAAUCGAGAUCCAGAUUUUGGAUUUUCCUUGCGUCCAGCUCGGGUUACCAGAAGGAUGCGAAAACGCUGACUUCUUCACCUUAACCAACAACAGUGAUGAUAGACGCGCCAUGAUCUCCAAAUUCUUUUUGGCGACCAGGUUUUUCAAAGACCAGCUUGAGAAGCUCCUCGAGACCAGGAGACCAGACUGUCUUAUCGCCGACAUGUUCUUCCCGUGGGCUACUGAAGCUGCUGAGAAGUUCCAUGUGCCAAGACUUGUGUUCCACGGCACUGGCUACUUCUCUUUAUGCGCUAGUUAUUGCAUCAGAGUGCAUAACCCACAGAAGAGAGUAGCUACAAGUAGCGAGCCAUUUGUGAUCCCUGAUCUCCCUGGGAACAUUGUGAUAACUCAAGGACAGAUCUUAGACCGUGGUGAAGACACCGAGAUGGGGAAGUUUAUGACCGAGGUUUUAGAAUCAGAAGCGAAGAGCUCAGGUGUUGUUGUGAACAGCUUCUACGAGCUUGAACCUGACUAUGCUGAUUUUUACAAGAGUAGUGUAGCAAAGAGAGCGUGGCAUAUUGGUCCGCUCUCGGUUCACAACAGAGGAUUUGAGGAGAAGGCUGAGAGAGGAAAGAAAGCAAGCAUUGAUGAAGCUGAAUGCCUCAAGUGGCUUGACUCCAAGAAACCAGAUUCAGUCGUUUACAUUUCAUUUGGGAGCGUGGCUAACAUCAAGAACGAGCAGUUGAUUGAGAUAGCUGCAGGUUUAGAAGCUUCUGACACAAGUUUCAUCUGGGUUGUCAGGAAAAAUGGUGAAAACACAGGUGACAAAGAAGAGUGGUUACCAGAAGGGUUUGAAGAGAGGGUCAAAGGGAGAGGAAUGAUAAUUCGAGGAUGGGCUCCACAGGUUCUGAUACUUGACCACCAAGCAACCGGUGUGUUCGUGACCCAUUGCGGCUGGAACUCGCUUCUUGAAGGAGUGGCUGCAGGGCUUCCGAUGGUGACGUGGCCGGUUGGAGCUGAGCAGUUCUACAACGAGAUAUUGGUAACGCAAGUGCUCAGAACUGGAGUGAGCGUGGGAAGUAACAAGCAUGCGAUUAUGGGAGAUUUCAUUAGCAGAGAGAAUGUGGAGAAAGCGGUGAAGGAGGUACUGGCUGGGGAAGAAGCUGAGGAGAUGCGUAGCCGGGCAAAGAAGCUUGCCGAGAUGGCUAAAGCGGCCGUGGAGGAAGGAGGGUCUUCUUUUAACGACAUAAGCAACUUCAUGGAAGAGUUUAGCUCGUGAUUUUGAGUUGUAUACUCCUGAAAUCUAAGCAAAUCAUCAAUUCUGAGUCAGUGUGUGCGAAAAUCAUAUGAAGUUGUGUCUAGAAACUUUCUGUAAGUUCUUUAAGGUUCGGUCUUUUCGUGAGUUGUUGAUGAAACCACUAUGAUGUAAGAAGCUCAAUCACAUGCUGACACAUGUCUGACAGAACUUCAAUACGUUUUGGUCUUUGUUAUGGUAAUAAGAGUACACUUGUGCUACAAUAAAUUUU